AUGGGAACAGGGAAGAAGAAGAUAGAGAUCAAAAAAAUCACAAAGAAAACUGCUAGAAUGGUGGCAUUUUCGAAAAGAAGGAAAGGACUUUUCAAAAAAGCUGAAGAGCUUGAAUCCUUGACAAGUUCUCAUGUUACCUCUAUUGUUUUUUCACCUUUUGACAGGCCUUAUACUUAUGGAGAUGUCAACUCUGUUAUAAAAAGGCAUUUUCCUAGCUGUAUUCGCCCAGAAAUGUCAACACCAGUGAUGAAUUCUCAUCAUUCCUCUUCUGAUGUUUUUGGCGAAUCUUCGGGGUCAAAAUUAUCAUCAGCCCCAAAGGGGAAUGGUCUCCGCAGUUGGGUGGAGGAUAUAGAUGUAGAAGGAUGUCAAAAUUUGAAUCAACUAUUAAUGUUGAAGGAGCAAUUGGAAGGAACCAGAAAGAAAAUUGUUUCCACAGAUUCUGAAUCAUUUCAAGCUUUGUUUAUCUAG